GAUGGGAGGUGGGCGGCCUUGAAGGAAGCUCCUCAUCGUGUUCCGCCCCGCCCAUCACCAGCCAACAACUAUAUAAGCCCCGGCACAUCUCGGUAACACUCAGUUUGGCUUGAACUCCCUUCACAGCAUCAUGAAGUUUCUGGUUCUGCUUGGCGUGAUUGCUGCCACCUUGGCACACCCAGUGCCCGAGCCCGACGAGGAUUGCGUGACCAACGUGCUGGUGCCCGGCGCCCUCCCUUACGCCGCCCACCCAGCCCAUGUUGCCUAUGCUGCACCUGCUCCCUUGGCUUAUCCAGCACCAGCUCCCGUAUCCUAUGCAGCACCGGCCCCCGUAUCCUAUGCAGCACCGGCCCCGGUAUCCUAUGCAGCACCAGCCCCCGUGGCCUAUGCAGCACCAGCCCCAGUCCAACUGACCCACGCCGAGGUGCAGGUCCCCAUCACAAAGACCCACGUCGAGGUGCCCAUCCACAAACAAGUCCAUUACGGCACUCAGGCUUACGUGGCCGGCUCCAGCACCACCAUCCACAAGCCAGCUCUGGCCGCUCCCGCCAUCGCACCGCCCUCCACCCUGCUCUCCAAGGUCUCCUACAAGGCCCCUGAGGUGACCGUCCAGCGCCAGGAGAUCCCUGUGGAGAAGCACACCCCUAACUUCGUGGAGACGCCCUACCACGCCGGCACCAUCGUCAAAUACACUGCCCCGGAAGUUAAGGAGGUCAAGGUACCCACCCCUGUCGGUGUGCCCCAUGCCGUGGGAGUGCCCCACCCCGUGGCCGUUCCCACCCCUGUCCAUUCCGUGACCGUCCACCAAGCCGCUGUGGCUCCUGUGGCCCCCGCAGUGCAGUAUGCUGCUGUCGCCCCCGCCGUGGUCGCCGCUGAUGACUGCUAAUAAGGAACUCAACACUGGUCACGCGCAGAUAUUCACCCCAAGCAGGAACCACUCUUGAUGUAAACUAGAGCAUGACAUAGGUUUAAUAAAGUCACAAAAAAUAA